AUGCGAUGGCCGAUUCUUCUCUUAUUCUCUCUUGUACUUGGGUUGGUCGCGGCACAGAAGAGUGAGUUGUUUUAAAAUGAUAGUGUUGAAGUGUUUUUGGAUACAUGAAAUUUAUAUAAAUGAUUGUUUGACUGUUUAUUUAUUGUUUUUCAGAUAAAACGGAAUGUUUUCGUUGUCAAGAUGGGGCCAGAUGUACAAGCGCGUGUCUUGGGAAUUACUGUUUGAAGACUGUGCAUUUGCAAAGUAGGUUACUUGGACUUGUACUCGUGUAAACUUAAGAGACGACAAACAAUUUACGUGAAUCCCUCUCAUUGAGACCUCGCGCCCAUUGAGACCCCAAAAGCCCAUUGAGACCUUGGAAGGAAAUUCGGCGGGGACUUUAGACGGUUCGGCGGAGGCUUUAGGGGAUUCGGCGGAGACUUUAAGAAAUUCGGCGGAGAAUUUUGUGCAUCCGGCGGGUAUCUACCCGAUUUUACCCUUAAUCUUUUUAGCCCUACCCAACUAUACCAUACCCAUUUUACUAAACGUACUAUACCAAACUAUACCAUACUCUACCCUAUUUUACCUAAUAUACCUAUUUUACCUAAUGGUAUAUUAGGUAGGAUGGUAUGGCAUAGUAGGGUAGGGUUAAAAAAGUUAUGAGUAGACUUGGGUAAGGGUGAGAAGGUCAGGGGCAAGGUGGGGUAGGGCAAAAAAGGUCAGGAGUAGGGUCGGGUAGGGCUAAAAAGAGCAGGAGUAAGGUGGGUAGGGCUAAAAAGGCCGACACUUUCCGUAAAGUCUCCGCCAACCCUCCGCUGAAUCCCCUAAAGUCUCCGCCGACCCUCCGCCGAAUCCUUUAAAGCCUCCGCCGAAUCCCCUAAAGUCUCCGCCGAACCUCCUUUUAAGGUCUCAAUGGGCGUUUGGGGUCUCAAUGGACCGGGGUCUCAAUGGGCGCGAGGUCUCAAUGGGUUCAGUGAAUUUACGUUCAGUCGAUACUGGAAUACAUACCAGAAUAUGAUUUAUAAGAGUCCUUUAAGCAUUCUUUAUUACCUUGCAAGGACUUGUUUUAGCUGGCCAAGUGAAACGAGACUGCAUUGAUCAUUUGUCAGUCGAUAUUCAGAUGGGGACUUGUAAAACAGUUACAUCAGAAGUUGGCUCUCAAGACGAACUGAUUUGCGUCUGUGAUUCUCAUCGUUGCAACUCGUCGAAUGGCUUCAAAAUGACAUAUCUCUCAUUCCUCUUAUUGAUCUUCACUUACCUUAUGUGCUAG